GUUGGACAUGCUCCGCAUGCAUAUAGAUAUAUUAUAUAUAAAUUAAUACAUUAUAAUACAGAUAAUAAACCAGCGACGCGUCAUACCGAAGAUGGGAAAAUCAAAGACAGUCAGUAUCUUGAUGAAGAUGAACCAAAGUAUUCAAAGCGACAAGUUGUGCAACCAACGCAGUCGUAUGAUCUACCUAACGAUUAUGAUGAUAAUGACGAAGUUGACAUCGAUGUGGAGACCCUAAUACAAUCUGCAGGUGGAGCAGAUUCUUACAUGAAACUUGCAGAGGAGAAAGAAUGGGAAAACCCUGAGGAAUUGGAUUAUAUGUUCUGCAUUAACACGGAGGAAUUGUCAAAAUCAUUUCAACACCUUACGUUGCUUGAUAAAUUAGGAAUCUUAGCAAACCAACUUAAGCCAGAAUCCGGAAAAAUUUACAAUUUCAAUCAAAACCACAAUGAUGCCAGCAGUGAAAAUGAAUCUUUCAUUUCAUUGAUGUCAAAAUAUGUUAUGGACGUCCCAUGGUCAGUGUACGAUGUUAGAGAAGUGGUUUCGGGUGAAGCCGGUGGAAAAUGUAAUGUUUCCAUCUCAACUAGUGAAUAUGAAAUCCCUUUAUUUAAACCUAAAGAAAUAAAAGAAUCGGUGCAAACACCGGCACUGAGUAAUCAAAGUAAUGGUGACACAGCAAGUACUGUAAAGUCGAAAACAAAUUUAAAAAAAGAGAAACAAACACAUAUAACGAAGACUGGACUAGACACCAACAAAUCAACCACCAAUAAAACCACAAAUCAGCAAACUGCAAAACCGAUCACUUCUACACAACCAAACGAAACGGACACUUCAUUUAUUUCACGAAUAAAUUUUAAACAAAACUUUGAUCCAAUUGGUCCAUCAACAUCACGUGAUAUGGAUGUGAAGCCAACUGUGUCAGACGAGUUCGAUGACGUACUUAACGACUUGCUUACGUCAUCAACUGACGUCGCAGUAACUCAAACGCACAAGAGUAUUGAAGAACCAAAGCAACCACAGCAAGUUACAUCAACUGCAACGAACAAUAACGCGCAAGACUUAGAAGAUUGGUUGGAUUCUAUAUUAUAAAUUAUUCCCUCUUUGAAUAAAUAAAUAAAUACAACUCAUUCAUGGUUAUGAACCAAUCCGGGUAGUUAUGAUGUGAUGACUUAUGGUAUUGAAACGUAUAAGGUGAUGUUUCAGAUUUAUAGUAGAACGGAGGAAAAUAUGACACCUUUUCAUUCUAUUUUCUCGUCCCAUUUGGUAGCAAACAAAGAACAUUCAAAGAAUUACAAAACCGUAUCCUCACGACUCCCAUAGACCAUUGAUUUUUAAAUAGAAAAAUAUGUUACGUAGCUAAUUUAAUAAAUGAACAACAUUUUUCUCUGUUCAGCAACGAAGGUCGGAGUAGUUUAAAAGCGAAAAUACCGGAAGUAGCGUUAAACCAUAACACGAUAUGAAUAAAAUAAGUUUAAAACUUGUCCGAUAAAAUUUGGUGUCUAACUUAAUCUUUCUCCUCUUUUUUUAAACAUAAUUUUCUCUCCACACAUUUAUAAUAAACUAUAGUUUUCCCUCAAAAUCACAUGUUUUAUUUUAUUUACCAAGUUUUCUACUAAAUAAGGUGCAUCAUUUUCGUGCUUCGUAUUUGAAUAACACGCAUUGCAUCACUUCUCAUAAAUAAGCCAUUAUGUCCACAUGCGAAACUACCUGUUGCAUAACCGAUAACAUUGAUUGUUUUUCCCAACACGAAACUAUAGUCAGUACAUAAGUCGCCGGCACUUUAAAACGCCAUUUUGAUUACGUAAUAAACGUUUUCCAAAUAAA